AUGCCUCUCAUUCCCACUUCAGCUCCGCUCUUACAGCACGAUCAAGUCCCAGACUAUCCGCAAUGCACACCCCAUCGUCUGAAGAUAAUCCACAUUGGAAUGGGAGCAUCAGGACUAGUUUUCGCACACAAAGUGGAGAAAUACCUCAAAAACGCCGAACUUGUAUGUUAUGAGCGAAAUUCAACCAUCGGGGGAACCUGGUAUGAGAAUAGAUAUCCGGGCUGUGCUUGUGAUAUUCCAGCUCACACCUACACUUUCCCAUUUCACGGCAACGCUGAAUGGAGUGGAUAUUAUAGCGGCAGCAGCGAGAUCCAAGACUACUUCCUGCGGUUCGCAAAAACCUUUUGUGUGGAGAAGUAUGCCGUACUGAACACAGAGGUGCUAGCGUGCAGAUGGGAUGGUGAUCAAUGGAUUGUUGAGCUAUGCAAAAAGGAUGGCACAACUUUCACUGACAACUGUGAUGUACUCGUCAAUGGCUCUGGGAUCUUCAACAAGUGGAAAUGGCCGAAUAUUGAAGGCCUCACUGAGUUUUCUGGGGUUGUUGCACACUCUGCUAACUGGCCGCAAGACAUUGACUGGACAAACAAGAACAUCGCUGUUAUUGGCACUGGAUCAAGCUCCAUCCAGAUGGUGCCAAAGUUUGCGGCCAAUGCGAAGCAAGUCACAGUAUUCAUGAGAAACCGCACGUAUAUUGGACCGCAAAUAGCCUCAGGCGUAUCGAAUAAAGACGCCGACCCUGAUGCAGUGGAGCCCUCGGCAGCGGGAAAGCACUAUUAUACAGAAAAGGAGAAGGCACGGUUCAGGCAAGAUCCAGAAUAUCACUUGAAAUAUCGCAGAGACGUCGAGCGGGCCGUCGUGAGUGGCUUCAGUAUCUUCUAUCGAGGCAGCAAGGCGAAUCUAGAGGCCAAAGCAAUAAUGCAAAAGAAUAUGGCUGACAGAAUCGGCGCUGGCCACGAGGAGCUUAAAGCCCGGUUGAUACCAGAUUGGAGCCCAGGAUGCCGCCGUCUUACUCCUGGGGAAGGUUAUCUUGAAUCACUGGUCAAGUCCAACGUAAGCCCUACAUUCGAAGAAAUCAUAAAAAUCACCCCUGAUGGUAUCCUGACGAAUGACGGGAUCGAGCACAAAGUGGACAUUAUCGCCUGUGCAACCGGAUUUGAUGUGCAGUACCUGCCACAUUUCAAGAUUACUGGAAUAAAUGGACAAGUUAUGCAGGAUCGUGAGCCAAACGUUUACGCUUCGAUAGCUUCUCCCGGCUUUCCCAACUAUUUCGUGGUGAACGGACCUCGAGGAAACUGGGGUCAGGGAUGUGCACUUCCGAGUCAUGAGGUUCAAGCUGAGUAUAUAAUUCAAAUCUGCAAAAAGAUUCAAGAAGAUGGCAUAAAGGCAAUGAUGCCCAAGGAGGAGGCUACUUUACAGUUGAACUUGUAUAUGGACGCAUGGCAUCAAAAAAACUCCGUCUGGGCAGAGGGCUGCAGAAGCUGGUACAAGGAUAACAAGCCAGACGGACGAAUCCAUAUUUGGCCUGGAAGUCUUUACCACCAUCUGAAAUACAUGAAAAGACCACGCUACGAGCAUUAUGAUAUCGCAUACCGAGAUCCUGACAACAUGUUCGCAUUCCUUGGGAAUGGAUUGACCAUCACCGAGGUGAACUCUGACAAGGAAACUAUGCCAGUCCCCUACAUUCGAAAUGACGAAGAUGAGCUGUGGGACAUAGAAUAA